AGCAAUCAGAACAGAGAUCACAUAACCAUAAGCUCCAUAACAGAAAAAAAUAUAUAUACAAAGGCAAAAACAAAAAUGUCGUAUUUUGGUGAAAGCUUCCUCGUAAUACUAACGUUUCUCUGUGUCUUUGUAACUAGAUCAGCCUAUGGUCUACCAAAGGUAAGGCCAAUCGAUGAUGUCCAGCCGAGACAAACGCUAGCGGUUCACAACAAGAUUCGAGCCGAGGUUGGGGUGGCUCCAUUGGUGUGGAACAAAACUGUUGCAGCCUAUGCACAGAAUUACGCUAACAAACAAGCCAAAGCCGGAGUCUGCCAGUACAGCCAGAUGAGACAUUCUGGUGGACCCUACGGCGAAAACAUAGCCGCCGGUUGGGUCCAACCUAAGGACCAAAUGAGCGGUCCGAUCGCGACGAAGUUUUGGUACACAGAGAAGCCUAAUUACGAUCAUGCAACCAACAAGUGCAAAGAUACAUGCGGGCACUACACUCAGAUCGUGGCCAACCAAUCGUUUAGUCUCGGUUGUGGCUCGUUCAGGUGUCAUGAUAAUGAGUUGAUCUAUAUUGUAUGUGAUUAUUAUCCUAUGCCGGUUGGUGAUGCGGAUACGCGUCCCUACUGAUGAUUUUUGUAUCAAAACAUGAAUUAAUUAUUAUGGUAAUGUGAUAUUGAUAAACAAUAAUAAUAUAUGAUUUAUCUAAG